AUGGCUCGACGCAUCACAGGCUUGCAGCGUCAAGUGCUGCAUACCUACAAGCGUGCCCUCAAAAUGAUCACGACCAAACCUCUCGUAGGUGUCUGCGAAGCUGUGCGGUUGCGAUGACGUCGAUUUCCACCCCCACCCCGGGGACCGCAUCAUUUUGUACCGCCUCACACUCGAAACGGCGAAUCUGCCAUGCAGCGAUUGCUCCACCACCGUGCACCGCAACCUUGCACGUAGCCUAAACUAACAAGUCAUCUCGGCUAUGUACGCAGCACACGCGACCGAUGUGGUUCGCCUUCGUCUCGCACCAGUUCCGAUCGCCCUCGCUCGGAGGCGGUCUGCGCAAAAAGGACGUCGGCGCGAUCGAGUACUACCUUCGUCGAGCGGACAAAAUGCUCGAUGCGUACGAACCACCCUCGACGACGAGCGUCGGCGUGACGGAAGAGAUGCGACGCUCGGUUCAAGGCCAGCUGGGUUGGGUGUGCCGUCGACCAAAGGAGUGA